GGCUCCCCUCGGCCGCGGGCGGAAGGCCGGAGCGCGGCAGCGCCAUGCCCGGCCCGGCGGCUCCGGGCGCCGGCCCCGACGCCGAGGAGAGCUACGACUUCCUCUUCAAGCUGGUGCUCAUCGGGGACGCCAGCGUGGGCAAGACCUGCCUCGUGCAGCGCUUCAAAACCGGGGCCUUCGCCGAGCGCCAGGGCAGCACCAUCGGCGUGGACUUCACCAUGAAGAGCCUGGAGAUCCAGGGCAAGCGGGUGAAGUUGCAGAUCUGGGACACAGCUGGCCAGGAGAGGUUCCGAACCAUCACACAGAGUUACUACCGCAGCGCCAACGGAGCCAUCCUGGCCUAUGAUAUCAGCAAGAGAGGCUCCUUCCUGUCCAUUCCUCGCUGGAUCGAGGAUGUGAGGAAGUAUGCUGGUUCCAACAUAGUACAGUUACUGAUUGGAAACAAGUCUGACCUAAGUGACCUUCGAGAGGUUCAGCUGGAAGAAGCUCAGAGUCUGGCUAAACACUAUGAUAAUAUCAUCUGUGCCAUAGAGACCUCUGCGAAAGACUCCAGCAACGUGGAGGAGGCUUUUGUGAAGAUGGCUACAGAGCUCAUGAUGAGGCACGGAGGCCCUAUGUUCAGUGAGAAGAAUACUGACAGCAUCAAGCUUGACAGCAAAGACGUUGUAGAAAGCUGGGGGUGUGGCUGCUGAUAUGAGCUAGGUGAUAUCCCUAACUUUACUGGAAUUUAGAUGGUGCUUCACCCUAAUGCUGAGUAGCAUGGUAGCCAUAUUCUCCUCCUGUGAAACCAGCGAUUUUGUAGAAGUUAGACACAAUCCUCUUUGCUUUGGUGUCUUAUUUUUUGAAAAAGGGACUCUUGAGAGGUAGUUCUAAAAGUCAGACCCUCUGAAAAACUUACUCAACAUUUGUCCCCACCGUGUUCUUUUCUGUAACCUUCAUACAAGUUCCAAAAGUGGAGGAAACAACUUGGAACUGGUGACGUGGGGUGAGGAGACACAUGGUUGGGGAAGAGACCAAUGCACAUCCAAAGUUCUGAAGUAUUUAGUGUGGGACUGUUGGCAAAGGAAGUCACCUUUGGAAUAGGCAAUCUUGAUGGUGUCUCCUUAAAUCCUCAGCACUCCACCAGUGACCAGGAAGUGACAGUGUCUUUGAUAAUUUCAAGUGUCAGAAUGCCCCAUGUUUUGAUAUAGGACCAAAUAGCAGUCACCUGUCCUAGGGCACAUGGCUUGCUAGUUAGUACUGGAGCAGGCCCAGGUGGGGAAGCCUUCUCUCAGGUUUUGUUAGAAUCUUUGUAAAUGAUCAUUUUAACAGCCUGAACAAUAAUCACAUGACUUGCUGUCAAGCAGGACUGGACCAGCUGUUUUAAAUACAGCCUUCAGGAGAGGGUAGAUGCAUUUCAUUUGUUAUUGUUUGUACAGUAAUAGCUCCCUUUUCCAAAUAGGUACCAUUGAGCUUUUGCCCUCAGGUCUCACUUUCAUUCCACAACUCAAGAUGUGUACCACUGGAAACAGGAACUGGAGAAACCUUGAACUGACUGGUAGCCAUGAUCUCCUGCCAUGUGCCUAAUGGUCAUACACAGGGUUAAUUCUGGUCAUACAUUUGACAUUAUGUUACCAGAGUGUUUAUUGCUCAGGUGGCAUUUAGGUUUUGGUUUGGGUUUAGUUUUCUUUUAAACAGUCUCUUAUGAUCUGUGCAUACAAUGGGAAGGAAGACCUCAGAGCAGCUGAAAACUGCAUGCAUUGCAACUUCAGGGUUGUAAGAAACCAGUGUCUUUUCAAGUGAUUCCUUCCCAAGUUUGGACUCAACUGCUUCCCUCUCCCUAUCACAAGUUACCUGUUGCUUUUCAUUUCUUGAAAACAUCAGGAAAAAAACCUUUCAUGUUGAUCAAAAUUCACCUUACAAAAAUGGAUUUGCAAAGGGAGCAGAAGCAGGAUUCAUUGUUUAAAAUCUGCAGUUAAAGCAAAGGUGUUGAGAGGUGACAAGUGUUUUUUGCAGCCCUGGUACUUUGAAGAAGCUCAUUUUCAGAAAGCACCCACUUAAAGCAAAGCCACUUGUCUCUCUUAAAAACCUUGAUCAAAAAGGGCCUGGAUUGGUUUGCUACCAGGGCUACCACAGUUUUCAGCCAUUCAGCAUAUCCAGUUAUCAUGAAAAUCAGGAAGAUUUAAGAAAGGGCUAAUGGAUCCUAGAUUCAAUACCAUUCCUCUUCCUACAGAAAAUACUGAACAAUUCUCAGUCUUUCUGGUUUUUUAAACUGAAGUAGAUAAUUGAGGAGUUACACAUGCUUUGUAGCCCGUUUGCUUCUAAUCUAAGGAGUUAGUUUUCAAGUUUUAUAGUUCUAGGAGUUGAAAGGGCCUUACAUUUUGCAAUUAGUAUAGUUUUCUCAAUUCCGAUGUCUUAUAUGGAAGGGCAGGUUGAGCUGCAGUACUCAGUAGUAUUUUUGGGUAGUUUUACAGGACAUUCCCAGCAUUCCUACAUCCAAAGGUAACGGUGUCCAGCAGGAGCUAGACACUGAAAAUGAGAAUUGACCGAGCUUUAGAUUUGUUAGUGAUUAGCAAACAUUGUAUUCCACUCUUGGUAGCAAUUAUCAAGACAGUCCAAGCUAAUUCACAAGCCUGGUGACUGCUUUUCCUCCUGAUCAGAUGGUCCUUAAGAUACAGGAUACUGGCAAGCAUUUGACUUUGUCUUGACAUCUUGUAUUUUACAGCUGUAGGUCAGAGCCCCGCAGUUCUGCGUGUUUGAAUGUGGACCCUCAGAUAAGCUCUGCCUCCCACCCUUUGCUGGAUUAGUGCCAAAUUAUUGAAGCCAUGCUGAUGAAACGUUUAAGAACAUGUGUUUAAGAACAGUAUUGCUGCUAAUUAAAUCAAAAUCAGUAGUUUACAAAAGAAUUCAUCUCCAAACUGGAGUAAAAUGAACAGAAAUCCUCCUUCCAAUACAGUCAGUGAAUGAUGGUGUUUUUACAGUAGAAGGAAAACUGUUAUCAAUCCAUUUUCUUAGGUUUGAGGUUUGUUUAGUAAACAAACAGAAUUAGACCAAGUGCUCUACUUUUCCUUACAACUUGCUCACCUAUAUCUCUUAAACUAGUCUUGAAGGCUGAGACUGUCUGCAGAUUAGUCUCUUUCACUCAGAAAACAUGAAACAGCAUCAGUGGUUUGUUGCUGUGUUCUCAAAUUCAGAUUAGUUUUUGUUUUGCUGCAGAAGAUUCAGACAGUGGCUUUAAGUCAGCUUUGUCUUCUAACUCUUGCCCCUUCUCUGUUGUAACCAGUGCAAUACAAGUUUGCAUGCUCUGCCUAACUGAACAAGAGGGAACAUAGACUAACAGACUAGUUUAUUUUCAGGUUAGCAGCAGAUGUGAAUGACAGUGCUUGGGCUCUCAGUAGUAAAAGGCCAUUUCAUUUACCAAACCCUUUCCUUGUCUAUUUGUAAUAGCACAGUACUCACUAGGCUGAUACUUUCUUGACCAGAAAUAAAUUAAACAGUAAAUGUGACUUAGAGCUUUCCAUUCCCCUUCUGGAAACUUGUAUUAAAUCCCUAAUUCACACACAGAGCUACGUAAUUCAAGUAUUGGGAAGGGAGUCCUGUUGACUUAAUUCUACUGACCCUUCUGAAACUGAAAGGAUACCAGAGUGAAGAGAGUGAGUAGCAGUAAACCUGAUAUUUAUGGGUAAAAAUCUCAGUUGCAAAUCUUAGGUUACAAAUGUGCACUGCUGUACAUCAAGUGAAUAAUUCAGUAGUGCAUGAUCAGAGUUAACAGCAUAAACAUUUGCCAAGAAUCCUGUUUACUGGCAGUUGAACAUUAACAAGACUAUGGUGCAGGAAUUGCUUUUAAGCAGUUCUCCUUGGCUGACCAUGUAUUUAGAUUAGUGUUUAUCAUUUAGUUUUGGCAGUACCCAAAGUGAGCAAAAUAUUACAAAAACACAGGAGGGGACAUUGAUCCCUGCCUUGUAACACUUAGGAGUGGAAUGCAGAAGCAAAUACUGAACUGAAACCAUCAGCAGAAUGUGGUUCACAGGAGCAUGGGCAUUGUUAUCCUUUGUAUUGGUUUUGAGUUCAGCUAAUUUUAUCUCCAGUUACUCAUCCAGUCCAUCAUCAUGGAUGGAGCUUGGACAAAUAUUUGUAAUUCUGCAAAUAUCACACCAAAUAAAUGCCAGCCCAGCAACCUGAUAACAUUUGCUUUGCAAAACAAAAUAUUUUACAAAUUAAAAUACUUCAGAACAGCAGAAAAGCCCCAGUGACUUUAUCACUCUCACUGUGCUGGAAAGCAGCUCAGUCUUCCAUGGGGAAAACUAUAAAACUAAGGGAAGGCCAGCUAAUACCACAUAGAUUGCCAAGAGCUUCAUCAAGAGUGGAGAUCUUGCUCACUUUUAUCUUUCCCUUUACAGAUCAUAUUUAUUUGAAUAGAUCAGGUGCAAUACAUGUGUUACUGCAUAGUACAUGACAGAAUGUAAACACUCCUGCAGUAGAACCCUUAAGUACCAUUAAAGCCUUUCCUUGAUUUGCCCCAGAAUAUAUUGUCCCACUGAGAUUUACACUUCUGUUACUUAGUCUCAUUGUCCCAGCCAGCUGACCAUUUGAAUGUCUCUUGCCACCUCGUGCCAAUCCCAAGGGAAGUGGAGGGUAAUAGAAGUCAUUUCCCUUUACCUAUCCUGCUUCCACAGCACAUAUAUAUUAACAGACCACUGAUGUUUACCCUAUUGCAUUAUUUUGGGCAAACAAAGUGAGAACAAUACAUGCUUUGUGAAACUGAAAAAUAAAGUGACUCUCCUUUUGGCAUCUCCCAACCUUGGAGAGUGCUCACUUUAACCCCUGUCAGCCAUUCCCAGACUCCACAGAAACAAACCAGGUUCCAGGCAAAGUGUACAACUAGUAAACAGAGAAAAUUCAAGGCAAUUGGAGCAAGUAUGUGUAGCCUUUUGUUGAAGAGUUAGUUCUCACAUGACUCACUUUGCUCCAGUAGUUGAUGACCAUGUAGCUUGUAUUCACACCCUCUGGUACACAAAGGGAGGCAAUUGAAGAGCAAUAAGCCCUAGGACAGGUGUAGUUCUUGGCAGAAUUGAAAGGAAGCGAAUUCCAAAGUUUAGGCUAAUCACUCUAACCACUUAAUUACCCUUUCUCAAAUGAUACUGGCUUGUUUCAUCAACUACAAGGCAUUCUAGAUUUACUAAUUUAGCAGUAAGAUGCCACAGUGUUAAUGUAGAUUAACAGUUACAUUUUAUUACAGUUAUAGGAAGUAGAGUGACUGUAGAGUCAGAGCAGAGUCCUUUAUAACUGGGCUAUUAUCAGAUUUGACAAUUCUUUUCCAUGCAGUAAGAAAACAUUCACAGAUUUGGGAAAUACUGUCUCAGUUUUGUUUUUGUGUAGUAUCUUUUGGUGCUGAUCUGACAUUUCAGUUAGAGAACCAGCCUCCUGGGUAUCUUAGCUUUUACUGGCCAGGUAAUGUUAGAUCUCUUUUAACUCCAUUGAAUUAGGUUACAACGUUAUUCAAAGCUGCAGAAAAAUCUCAGGUGGAAGUAUUUCAUUGCAAUCCCCCACUGCACACUUUACAUAAACUCUUCCAACUAUUCACAGCAUCAUAGCUAGAUGUUCUGAUUUCUAGCACAAGUUUAGCCCUCUGCAUCUAUUUUAUCAUUUCCUUUUCAUUUACUUGAAAAAGAGCAGGGUUACAAAACCAAACUAGCCAGCCCAAAUGUAUAUUUGCUGUCUGUGGAAUCAUUAUCAGAGGUUAGGUAAAAAUAGCCAGCAUACUCUCCUAUCCUGAUCUUAGAUAGCAUUUGUUUAAUGACUGAAAAACUGUUAAAAUGCAUUUUAAAAAGAAUUCCUUGAGGCACAAUAGGGGUUGGGAUUUUUUCUUUCAUUGUGUCUGUUUUUUAACAAGGGUUUCUCUUAAAUACUGAUAAAGGCUGUUACCUGUACUCCAUUGGUACCUUUAGGUGCCACUGAAGACAGACUUAGGCAACAAUUGUCUUGGUUUUCCAUAUGAGUCAGCAGCCAGUGGAAAACAGGGGAACAGAAGAACUUCCCAAGGAUAAGCACAGUGAGGCCUGAGUAAGUCAGGGAAGAUCUUCUGUUUAGUCCAAAUAAAUAUCUUGGGUUUAAUCAAUGCUUACUCAGUUCAAAGCAAAUACUUGCCUUCCCAAAUCGUGAGGGGUUUUCCCCAACUUUGCUUCUUGUACCACAGAAAUUUGACUGCUGUCUAUACUGAAGAGGAAUGGACUGAUUAAACUAGUUAAGUGUGUGGUAUCAGCAUAGUUGAGUGUGGAGAGCUGUAAAAUGGACUUAAAGCUGUAUAUAGAGCUUAUUCCUUCCAUUAUGAAGUUAAAAGUAUGUCUCUCUCCCCUAGGACACCAUUUGAAAACCUUUAGAAAACCCAAGAUCAUACUUUGAUAAAACAAUUAUUGAAGCUCUCUUUAUGAUUAAAAAAGUCACUUUCCAUGUUUCUUUUGCAAGGUAUUCUUAGGCUUCAACUAAGUUAUUUCCAAUUUGAUUAUCCAACUGAACUGUGACACUAAUGUCUACUUUCUUCCAAACUGAAAUUUACCAGAAAACUGAUUGUUCUUCCUAUCACAAAGUGCUGCUGGGCCAGCAGAUAGUCUAUAGCCAACAGGUUUUUGCACAUGUGUAGCUAUUAAUCUCCUGCUCCUGUGACAGUUCCUUAAUACCUGCAAAGUGUGUCUAUAAUUCACUGUACUCAGCAAUCAGUCAAGUCCAGCUAGUGAUCAUUCAUCCGAGACGGUAGUGCAAGUCAGGGUGAGAUACUGAGUAGGUACAGCAGCUUCACAAAGCUGCUUCUGUUUAAGACACUUCUAAGGCUUACUUAAGCCAUUCAAAAAUUGCUGUGAACAGAGAAGUUAUUACAAGUGCAUUAUUUUCUUUUCCUUUAGUCAUAACAUAGAAAACAUCCCAGAAUUACAUGUUUUACUUUAAAGCCUAGACUAGGAUACUAAGAACAGUAGUCACCUGUUUUAAGUUUUCAUAAGAACGUGGAUCUUGUCAUUGACUACAGAGUAAGAGUUUAUUCCUCCAUGAACUCACUCAGAUAUCCUGAAGUACACACUAUUCAGAUGUACAUUUUAGCUAAAAGUACGUUAUAUAUGACCAAAAUUGUCUUUUUAAGGUACCUGACUAGCACCCAUCUGUAUACUUCCACCAGGCAGUCUCUUUUCUGUCCCUGCACUGCAGAACACACCAUGAGCAACAUCUCUUUUUCUGCAAUAAAUUCUAGGCACAGUACAGACUUGUAAGGAAGAUGUGAGGGAGUGAUUUGGGGUACCUUAGCUAUUAUGUAUGAAAAUGAGGGUGUGAAAGAUUGUCCUUUGAACACAGCAUGCAAACUUGUCUUGACAAUGCAAAGGUACUUAAAAGAAAGUGAGUUAAGAGCUGGAUUUUCAGAAAGGCUAAAGCUGCAGACAGGUGCCUACCAAUGUCUUCAAAAGCAUCUAGUUACCACUGCAAAUAAGCACAAAAGUUGUACAGAACUGCUUUUGCAGUAAAGGGAACUGCUUAUCAGACCAAAUGUACAUUAAUGUGAAAGGCAGAGCAUCCUGACUGGUUCUAUAAUUUUCAUCUUCAUUCCCUAUGCUGUGCUUAAGUAACCAUUUUUCCCCUUUAGAAAUGGUAUUUCAGGUAGACUAUUCUAAGUGUGAAAAGUAGUUUGGUACUUGACAAAAUCAAAUGCUAUAUAGGUUUUCUUAAGAGAGUGACAAUAUCAACGAGACUGACUUUGCUACCACAGUUUGAUGGUGCCAUAUAAGGGAUUUAUGAGACAGCAUGAAGGGUUGGAAUGGUGCUGCACACACACACCAUUUCAAAAGCCAUCAGGUGAGAUCAGACCCUGUCCUGCUUGCCAGAGAGAAAGUGGGUACAGACAUAUACCCAGCAGAAGGUGAAUUUAGUUAUUUGUAAGAGUCUUUAAAGAUUUCUAUUUUAUAAGUCUGUAAGGAGAAAUGCUAAGAUUUUUGAUAGUUAGAUAUGCUCAGUGCUGUCAACCAGCUUUUCCCUCUUUCGUGCCUCACUCACUGAUCUCUGACAGACAUAAAACCCACAACUCCAGAGACUAGAUAGCAUUCAAGUGAGUCUGGCUCACACACCUGCUGGGGAGAACGUAAAAAAAAUCUCUAAUUCAUAUUGAAUUCAUUCACUGCAUUCCAAAAUUACUUGAGGGGUUUGGAUGGUAACAGUGUUAAAAUGGUUCUGCAUUUUCUAGGACAAAUCCGUUGGUGUUUUUCAAGGUUUCUUCAAGAGAUGCAGGCUGUACGUUUCUAAUCAUCAGCAGCUACUUUGCUUUUAAACUUUCUUAUCACAAUACUGACUAGAUCAUUUGGAAUAUGAGGAAACAAGGGAGCAAGCUUGCAUACUACAGUAAUUUUUUAUACUUUACCUUCAUCUAUUUAUGAAUUUAUUAUGAAAAAUAUUUUUAAACAUAAGAAACCUGCUUUUUGUUGUGAAUUUUAGCAAAGUAGUGGAUACAUUGUACUGUGUAUCAUUAAAGAGGUUUAAUUAAACGGUUGGCAAUUAA